AUGGCCGAACGCAGUGUCUCGCACAUCCUAAGCCAGCUCAAGCAUUCUCCGUCGAUGAGCUACCCCGAAGCAAGUGUCCUUCUUUCCAAAGCCAAACUCGCCCUUCUGAGCUUGAAUGCCCUCACUCCAAGCCGGUUGGCGUCGCCUCAACUUCUUGCCCUCGCUCGCGAGACCUUUGAACAAGGCGCUCUCUUCUCCAUCAGAGCACGCAAUCCGGAAGCCUUUACGCGCUAUGUACAACAACUUCAGCCCUUCUAUGAGCUUCCAUCAGCGACUCUCGCCCCGAACCUGCCCGAGCGAAACAAAGUGACUGGGCUGAGUCUCCUUCUCCUUUUAACACAAGGUCGUUAUGCGGAAUUUCACUCAGAGCUUGAAGGCCUGGCCAAUCGUGAUGGAGGAGGCAGUUCCGGAGACGUGGAAGGCGACCGGUACCUUGGGUACCCUAUUCGACUGGAGAGAUGGCUGAUGGAGGGCAGCUACGACAGGGUAUGGAAGGCAAUGAAGAGCAGUGAAGUUCCAUGCGACGAAUACGGUGUCUUCUCAGAAAUUUUGAAGAAUCAGAUCAGAUCUGAGAUUGCAAGCAGCAGUGAGCGAGCAUAUACAAGUCUACCGAUUAGCUCCACGAAAUCUCUACUUUUUCUCGAUUCCGAGGGUGAUGUCAUCCAAUUUGCCAAGUACAGAGGCUGGGUGGUCAGAGAUGGGCAUAUUUACUUCCCAGAUGCAGUAGACUCGAGUGAGGACAGCCCUCAGAGCAAGGACGUCAGCCAGGUCAUCAUAGAGAACACGCUGGGAUAUGCUCGGGAAUUGGAGACUAUUGUGUAA